AUGUCUCUCUUGACUUCCAGAAGGUCCUCGUCCUCCUUCCGCUCCACAGCCCUGUACAGCAGCUCGUACAGGGCAGAGGACUCCAUGGAUCCCCUGUUUGGGACCUACAUGGACUCCGCGGAGCACCCAAGUCUGUUCCUGGAGGAAGGACCCGGGGGACCCAAGUGUUCCUCUCCGUACAGCUGGCUCAACCGCUCCUCUUUUGGCAACUCAGUUUCCCUGGGCAGUUCACUAAUGGGACGUCCGAGCAGUAUCAGCAGUCCAGGCGCAGCAGGAGGAGGAGGAGGAGGGGCGCGUUGCCGUGGAGACAUGUACUUUGUAUCGGUUGAUGUCAGUCAGUUUGAGCCGCAGGACGUGGUCGUGAUGGCGUACCACCAGCACGUCGUCAUACAGGCCGCAAAGGUUUUGGAUGACGGCAGAGUGGGUGACACAUUUACCCAUAAGUCCCUGCUCCCGGAGGACAUGGACCCCCUGUCUGUGAGCGGGACGGUGGGCUCGGACGGACUGUUGGUCGUCAGCGUCAGUAGAAAGUGCUCUCUGCAAAUGGAGCCUCCCGGGCCCUGUUCACCACAAGGAGACUGA